CCUAUUUUCAGCUGCGAAACGAGGUCAUGACGCGGCCGCCUCGCGACGUCGUCGUCGCGCCCAUGGGUCCCGAAGCGUGGGCGCGCACUCCAGCGCACGCCACGCGGCAGGACCUGCAGGACGCGCGCCGGGAAGAGAACCGCGCCAUGGCCGCGAGUCUGGCGCACAAGAAAAAGACCCCAGCGGUCGCGCGCGGACACAAAUACGUCGUGUCAGGGCUCAUGCACCCACGGCGGGGCGACAGAGACAGUCGAUCACCUCGAGCGACGGCUGUAGUCGAGAGUGGGACACCCGCCAAGCGGCGGACGCGGUCGGCGCUUCUCGACGAACGCCGAUCGGCACGGGUCGAGGCGAAUGCCACGUUUGCGCCCAAGCCCGUGGUGGCGCCACUGCCCACAACAGCGUGGUGGAAGACCGAGCCUGGGUAUGUCGAGAGCCCGCCGGCGCGGCCGAAGCGGGACGUGGCCAGUGCGCCAGCGACGCGGUCCAUCACGCUGGCCGAGGUCACGGAAAGGCGCGGGAAGAAGACUCAGGUGUCGGGCAAAAUCACGCGCGAACGGUUCCGGCCGGCCACCGCGGGCAACCGUCAGCCGCAGAUGGAGCGCUGGACCGAUGCGGUCUUUCACUUUUCGCUGCCUCAACACACGGAGAACCAGGUCCUUCUGGAAAAGUACGACUUGAGCUUCAAGCUGCCGCUCGACAGCUCCUUCACGCACGACAAGAUCUUCCACGAGGAGCUCAUCAAAGGCGGCAUCAAGCGCGCCGUGCACGUCGAGCCGGCCGACCUCGCCGACAUUGACAAAUCGGCCAAGGCGACGCGAAGGCGCAUGGCCGAGAGCCGACGGCUGCGAGAGAAUCUCAAUGCGUACAAGGCCACGUCGGGCUUUGUGGACGAGCCGACGCCGGUCGUCGAGGAGCUGCGCGGCCGCACCAAGUCGGUGCACUUCGAGGAGCCGCUGGACGACAGCGCCAGGAUGCGCAUGGUCCGCGACGCGUGGCGCGUGCGCUCGGGGGGCUUUGACAUGGUCACGCAGCUCGAAAAGCUGCACGUGAACUACCCGUGAGGAGACGCUAUGCGGAUUGCUGUACAGUAGAAGAGACGUUC